AUGGCUUCAUCUUCAGCUUCAUCGAAUUCGAAUCCCAUCGACCCAAGGCUCAGAGACACAGCUGCUUCAGCAGGUGCGUUUGCGCAGCGCGUGGCAAACAACCUCCCAACUCCAAUUGCAGCUCAUCCUCCACCUUCGAGAUCUACUGCAACCGGCCCACCGCAUCAACAGUAUCCUGCGGCUUUCCAACCAUCACCUCGUCCAAUCUCUUAUCUUCCCCAUACCCCUCAGUCGGGUGAAAAUGCGGGAUCAGACCACGAUGGGGGACCUGACGACCCAAAGCGAUCGCGCGCCUGUGAGGCAUGUCGCGGAUUGAAAGUCCGAUGUGAGCUAGAUCCUAAUAAUCCUCAAGGUGACUGCAAGAGAUGCGCAAAAGCUGGUCGUACAUGCAUUAUCACUGUUCCGAGUCGCAAGAGGCAGAAGAAGACGGACAGUCGCGUUGCAGAGCUUGAGAAGAAAAUUGAUGCAUUGACCGAGUCGCUGAAAGCAAAGUCCGCUCGGAAUAGCGAUGCCGAUGAGAAUCAAGGGAGCUUCGCCCAAGCCCGGCCAAAUCCAUAUCAACAAGUCACCAAUGGCGGUUAUAACUCUCCGUUUGCAAGUCACCCAGAGGCUCGAACGAACUCAACCGAAUGGUCUUCAUACUCCAAGGCGCCAGAGUUCGAGACGAAAAAAUCAUCUGCCCCUCCAAUGGUCAUGGCUGGACAGAAGCGCAAGCAUGCAGACAGCCCACAUUUCCCCAAUUCUCCCGUGCCCACUCCUAGGGCACCAGUCGAUGGAGGAAAACAGCAAUACGCUGCUAGUGAGCUAGGAGGAGCAACAGUGCCAGUGAGGAAGGCGCAGACACAUGAAUAUGCAGAUGUGGUGGAUAGAGGUCUUUUAACCUCCGAGAUGGCAAAUGUAAUGUUCAUGUGCUAUGUCGAACGCAUGGCACCGCACAUGCCUGCUGUCGUCUUCCCAGAGGGUACAACAUCAGCAGAAGUUCGUAAGACGAAGCCUACCCUUUUCCUCGCCAUUCUUGCCUCCAGCGCUGGUAUGAACUAUCCCGAGCUUCAACGCACCCUAACAAAAGAGGUCAUGAACAUAUAUGCAGAGCGCAUCAUUGUUAAUGGGGAGAAGACCAUAGAGUUGAUACAAGCCCUCCACAUUAGCACUUUGUGGUAUUGGCCCCCGGAACACUUCGAGGAGCUGAAAUUCUACCAACUCAUCCAUAUUGCUGCUGUCAUGGCUAUUGAUGUUGGUAUGGGCAAGAAGUCAAAAGUCAAUAAGGGCAAACUUGCUGGCGGUCUGUGGAGAGACCAUCCAUGGCGGCGGACACCAUACCCUGACCCCGAAAGCCCAGAAGCAAGACGAUCUUGGAUGGUUUGUUAUUUCCUAUGUUGCAACGCCUCCAUGGGCCUUCGUCGACCAAACCUGAUCCGUUGGGCGCCUUUCAUGGAAAACUGCCUAGAAUUCUUUGAAACAUCCCCCGAUACUCUUGCUUCCGACAAACUUCUAUGUGAAUGGGUGCGCAAUCAACAUAUCUCUGAGGAAAUCGGUGCUCAGUUUGCUAUGGAUGACCCGACUGCUGUUGUCAGCAUUGCAGACUCGAAGGUUCAAUUUGCUCUGAAAGGCUUUGAGAGAGACCUAGAAAAGUGGCAUGGUCAUAUACCAAAUGAAGCCAGAUGCGCCCCGUUACAAAUAGCCCAUCAUGUGGUCAAUCUAUAUAUGCAUGAAGUCGCUUUGCAUGUUGAUCACAAUGUCGACGAAUUCAAACCACCCUUCACAGAGGACGUUUUUCGCGGAGAUGCAGUUCACGCUACUGAUGCUCUCACUGCAGUUCAGAUCAGUGCAUUGUCUAGCUGUUUGACAGCCAUUGAUGGUAUCUUCGAGACAUUUCUUCGGUUCAAUGUUGAAACUAUUCGUUGUCUCCCAAUCUUCAACUUUAUUCGGGUUGCCUAUGCUGUCGUUGUUCUUAUCAAGAUGUACUUCGCGGCAACAACGCCCAACUCUGAAUUAGGAAAGGUAAUCGACAAAGACAACAUGAAGGUUGAGCAGUAUUUGGAUGAUUUAGUUGAGGUUUUCAGAGCCGCUGCGGCGGACGAGAAGUCCCGACCUGCUGCCAAAUUCUUCAUGGUUCUUAUCAUGUUGAAGACCUGGUUUCAUCGGCAACGAGAAGGCAAAGUUGCACAUCUUUCGUCGCCUCCUCGCUUAGCAUCUACCCUCCUGACAGAAACGGCUCCAGAAACACCUGGUGAUGCCAUCCCUCGCCAGAAAGGAAAAGCGGUGCAAAAGAAUGGGCAACAAUCGUUCAGCCCUACGAAUACGCCACUUCAACUCCUUAGUGAAGUUGCAACCGGCAAUUCAAGAGGUCAGGCUGAUAAUGGUAGCCAGUAUCCCGGGGGUCUCAACGAAUGGCAACAACCCGGCCAAGGCUUUGAUAUGAACCAGUUCAACAUGCCACCAGGCUACAUGGCAAUGCCCCCGAAUUUUGAUCCGAGCUUAGGCCUAGAUAUGGGUUACACGAUGGGUGAUAACUUCGAGCAAGCCAUCGGCAUGUCGCUCGGCGUGGGAGACUUCGGAUACGAUGAUUCUUUCUUGGGGCAUCUUAUGGACGCCAAUGGAGCAGGUUUCGACGGAUUUUCGAGUUGA